AUGCUUAAUACUGGAAAAUUGGAAGGGCGUACAUUAUUCAUUACUGGAGGAAGCCGUGGUAUUGGCAAGGCAAUUGCUUUGAAAGCAGCAAAGGAUGGUGCCAACAUAGUUAUUGCAGCUAAAACUACUGAACCACAUCCUAAACUCCCCGGAACCAUAUAUACAGCUGCAAGAGAAAUCGAAGAAGCAGGAGGAAAAUGCUUACCUUGUGUUGUGGACGUAAGGAAUGAAAUUCAAAUAUUUGAUGCUGUUAAAAAAGCUGUUGAUGUAUUUGGAGGUAUAGAUAUAGUCAUCAACAAUGCUAGUGCAAUAUCAUUAACUGGAACUUUAGACACUGACAUGAAGAGAUAUGACUUGAUGCAUAGCGUUAAUACAAGAGGAACAUUUCUUGUAUCAAAAAUAUGUCUGCCUUAUUUAAAGAAAAGCAAACAUGCUCAUAUUUUAAACAUUAGUCCUCCGUUGAAUAUGAAUCCUAAUUGGUUUAAGGAUCACGUUGCGUACACAAUGGCCAAGUAUGGAAUGUCAAUGUGUAUAUUAGGAAUGGCUGAAGAAUUGAAGAAAGAUCACAUUGCAGUGAAUGCUUUAUGGCCUAGAACUGUAAUUCAUACAGCAGCUGUUGAAAUGUUGUCGGGCAUAAAUGAAGCAAAAUCAUAUUCGCGCAAACCUGAUAUUAUGGCUGAUGCAGCUUAUUCAAUCAUAACCAAACCAUAUGAUCAUUAUAACGGACAAUUUUUAAUUGAUGACGAAGUGCUAAAACAAGAAGGAAUAAUAGAUUUUGAUCAGUAUUUAAGUGAUCCAGCAAACAACGGCAAUCUCAUGAUGGAUUUUUUUUUGGGAGAAUAUCCACAUGAUGGUUUCAACAAAGGUAAAGAAGUGGCCAAAAAACAAUCCCAGCUAAAUGAAAGAAAUAAUGUGACUAAUUAA